AUGCAGCUUAACACAGAAACGAGCAGCCUGCAGGAGCCUGCCAAGCAGCCAGGAUUUGAAGUCCUCGUUGGUCUUGCCGAGGCCUCAAAGGCCAUCAUCAUGUUGUCGAAGUUCUAUCGAAUCUCCGACGUGGCAGAUGGCAACGAUAUUGUCGAAGGUUUGAAGAGAAUUAACGACGUUCAAAUCCUCCGAAAUCUGAGAUGCUGGGUUAAGGAUGAAGUGGCAUAG